AUGGUGCUCACUCACCUCAUUUUUCUGGCUACUACUACAGCGAAGUUCGUAGCUGCACUGCCUUUGGACAGUAACACGCCGCCAUUGCCUCCCUCAGAUGUGCACUUCAACGUUCAGCAAGCGGCUGCAGAUGCCGUGCCUUUGAAUAAACAGCUGAUGGGGCUGUCCAUUGAAUUUGGGAACGCAGUCGACUAUUUUGGCGACGUGGACAAUCCCAAUGCCUUUUCGAAACAACUUCUACAGAACGUCGUCGAUCGGUCUCAAAAUCCGGCUGUCCUACGCAUAGGUGGCAAUACUCAAGAUCGAGCUAGCUUUUGCGAGAACUGUACCCAGACAAUGAGUAGCCUCGUGCUAAACGACCCGAACGACCCCAAGGGGACCGAGGCAGUCAAGGUCACGUUCAACAAGAACUUAUUCAAUGUCCUGACGGACAACGUGCCAGCGGGAACUCCGAUCAUUUUCGGGCUCAAUUUUCGCAACAACAGCUACAGCCUGGCUCAAGCUGAGAUCGAUGGUGCCUUCAAGUACCUCAACCAAGAUGUGGUUAUGGCGUACGAACUAGGCAAUGAAGUGAACCUCUAUGGAGACUUUCGACCGCCAGACUACGACGUGAAUGAUUAUGCCAGUCAAAUGCGUGAAUGGAUACCACGUCUCAGGGCUCGCUCGUCGGCUGCUUCGAGCUUCCAGUUCCCAUCAUUUGCAGGCCCGGAAUUAUUCAAGCCGGAUAUGAGUAUCUCGGAACUAGUGAGAUUGGGCGUACCACAGUCCAUUCCCGGAAUUGAAUACUUCUCUGUCCAUGGCUAUCCUUGGAAUAUAUGCACGGACAAAGACGCAGCUAAAGUCGACCUAAGAAACCUCCUCGACCACCAACAAACCCUAGACCUCCUUGAUCAAUAUAGCAGCCAAAUAUCCGCCGCAAAGCCACUCGGAAAGAUGAUGCACAUGGGCGAAACCGGCUCGGUUGCAUGCCACGGAAAGGACGGGGUAUCAAAUACGCUUGGAGCAGCACUCUGGCAAUUGGACUACGCACUCAGCGGAGCCACAGCUGGAAUUGAUCGUUUCUUCUUCCAUAAUGGUAAAGGCGACUUCUACUAUUCUACCUGGGAGCCAUUGCCGACGGAGACAUCGCCAGUUCCCCAUAUUAACCCUACCAUGCUCUUCAUUGCGGAUCUCGUAGCAGAUCUCAAUGCUCCCAGGGUUGCGCCAAUCCCAUCGCUUGAUUCUAGUUCCGCUGUGCAUUUUGCUAUUUACGACAAUGAUGAGAUCCAGAAGCUUGUUCUCCUGAAUAUGGAUUAUUUUAACGAGACAACUCCCCGAUCGAGUAAGGAGUUCAACGUUGCCUCUAGUCUUGGGUCCAAGUUCAAGGUCAGACGCUUGACGGGCCAAAGUUCCGAUGCAAGAACUGGCGUGACCUGGGCUGGUCAGAGUGUUGAUGGGAGCGGUGGGAUCACAGGCGACUUGAACAUUGAGAGUGUCUCGACUGGUAUCGUAACCCUGCUUGCUUCGGAGGCUGUCAUAGUAGAACGGGGGUGA